GAUUUUCACCUUUAAUAUAUUUUUCAGCGUCGAUCAGCCAAGACGUAUAUCCUCGCUAUCAUAGCCGUCGUAUGUAAUUCACAGAAUGAGGUGCUCUUCAUUAGCAGCCGCCGUCGCCGGCGCCAGCCUAGCAACUGCUCACACAAUAUUCGUUCAACUUGAGGCUGAUAGCGUGACGAAUCCAGUCUCAUACGGAAUCAGAACGCCAACAUACGAUGGGCCUAUCACCGACGUGACGACCAACGAUGUAGCGUGCAACGGCGGCCCGAACCCGACUACUCCGUCCGACAAGAUCAUCGACGUCAAAGCUGGCUCUACGGUCAACGCCAUUUGGCGACACACCCUAACUUCGGGAGCGAACGAUGUUAUGGACGCUAGCCAUCUAGGCCCUACUCUAGCCUAUCUCAAGAAGGUUGACGAUGCGACGACUGACGUGGGAUACGGCAGCGGCUGGUUUAAGAUCCAAGAGGAUGGUUACAACAACGGGGUCUGGGGCACCUCGAACGUCAUUAAUAAUCAGGGAAAGCAGCCGAUCACGAUCCCUGACUGCUUGCCGGAUGGCCAAUACCUGCUCCGCGCCGAGAUGAUCGCAUUGCACGGUGCUAGCUCACCUAAUGGGGCGCAGCUAUACAUGGAAUGCGCACAAGUCAACAUCUCUGGAGGCUCCGCGACUAAGACGCCUACAACUUACAGCCUUCCGGGCAUCUACAAGCAAGAUGACCCUGGCAUCCUCAUCAACAUCUACUCCAUGAGCAAGAACAGUCAAUACGUCAUUCCUGGCCCCGAUCCAUUCACCUGCUGAGCGAUUUUAGGCGGUAGCUCCUAAACCGCGAAGUCAUGCACUUCCACGACCUCCAUUAACUUGGCGCCCGCAACGGAACUUUUUGUCAGGGUGGUAGCCUGUAGUUGAAGACUUGUGUCAUAGAGCGAGUGUUAGUAGCUGGUAGCUUGCGGUAGACUCACUUGCAUGUAGUAAUAAAUGAAUGAUUGUUAACG